AACUAAAGCUAGCGACGAGGAGUACAAGGUGCAGUCACUGUGUGUGUCAGCCAUCGCAUUCCUGUUUUAACAACCCCCUGCACCCUUUCCCUUCUUCUCGCGGAGAAGGAAAGACAGAAAGGGUACCAAGGAGAGCGGUCGGUAGGAGAAUGGCUCGUCUUGCUCCGCUCUCGGAGGAGCCCAUCAGCGAGGAGGAGUCCAGGAGCACGGCCAGGAGAAUCCACUCCUUCCACAACUGGAUCAAGAGUCACCUGCCCAUGCUCUCCAACAAGAGAAACGACCUCAAGAUCCUCCUCAGCGUCCUCGGCUGCCCCCUCUCCCCCCUCUCCGUCUCCCCGAAACAGCCUCGCGACGUGGCGUCGUCGGCUCAAUACAUAAUUCAGCAGUUCCGGGCGACCACGGGGUGCUCCAAGAGGGAGAGGACGGCCAAGAGCAUGUACGCGUCCGGGAGGGUGCGGAUGGAGAUGGCUCAGGAGCACGGGGUGAGCUCGUCGGGCUCGGCCUCCAAGGGCCACCACAAGGGCUGCUUCGUGGUGUGGCAGAUGGUCCCCGACAUGUGGCUGGUGGAGUUCGCGGUCUCCGGCCAUCAGAUCGCCGCGGGCAGCGACGGGAAGGUGGCCUGGCGCCGCACGCCAUGGCUCGGGGCUCACGCCGCUCGCGGCGGGGUCCGCCCCCUCCGGCGAGCCCUGCAGGGUCUGGACCCCGAAACGAUCGCAGCCGUCUUCUCCCCGGCGCAACACAUCGGAGAGAAGCACAUCGGGGACGAGGAGUGCUUCGUGCUGGAGUUGGUGGUCGACGACUCGGUGCUGUCGAGCUGGAGCGACAGCACGGCGGAGAUCAUCAAGCACCGGAUGCUGGGGUUCUUCAGCCAGCGCAGCGGGCUGCUGGUGAGGCUCGAGGACUCGCAGCUGACGCGGAUCCAGUCGCCAGGGGCGGAGGCCAUGUACUGGGAGACGACCAUGGUGUCGUGCAUGGAGGACUACCGGCGCGUCGACGGCCUCAUGAUCGCCCAUUCCGGCCGGUCGGUGGCGAACCUGCUGAGGUUUGGGUUGGGCGUGAGGGAGCACCGUGUGUCGACGCAGAUGGAGGAGAGGUGGACCAUCGACGACGUGCUCUUCAACGUGCCCGGCCUCGCCGCCGACUGCUUCAUUCCGCCAGAGGAGGUGCGGCGGAGCUGCUUCUACGACAUCGCCAUCAGAGAUCACUAGCCGAUCACCUCAGUUUCUCUACAGCUCACGUAGGAAGAGCUAUUACAUUCCAUGUAAAAAUCAUGUUCUCCAAUAAUGGAUUCCAGUUCUUAUGUAUAUAUAUAGUUAUA